AUCUUUCUGCUGUUUUCUAGCCAAGUUACAGAGCAGCGAUCCAUUCAGAAGGAAUGAUCGAAGAUCUUGUGAAGAAUCUGAAGAGUCAGAAUGAAGAACUGAAGACAUACUGUGCCUUAGCAAUAUUUAAGUGUGCAGAGGAUAAAGAGAGCCGCGAAUUAGUUCGAGAAUACGGGGGACUUCCCCCUUUGGUGGCCAUAUUGUCAUCAGGUAACAACAAAGAGUUGCUGGCUGCAGCCACUGGUGCAAUUUGGAAAUGUUCCAUUAGUCGGGAAAACUUGGUUCAGUUCCGUGACCUGAAGGCCAUAGAACAGCUUGUGGCCUUGUUGAGCAACCAGCCAGAGAAGGUGUUGGUAAAUGUUGUCGGAGCCCUAGGGGAGCUUGCUAGGGACCCACCAAACCGUCAAACCAUUAGAAAGGCAGGUGGUAUAACUCAACUGGUCAACCUGCUCACAGGAACUAACCAAGCGUUGCUAAUUAAUGUUACAAGAGCAGUUGGACAGUGUGCAGAGGAGAUAGAAAGUAUGAGCAUCAUUGAACAGCUGGAUGGUGUCAGGUUGCUAUGGUCACUGCUAAAAAAUCAAAACCCUGAAGUCAUCUCAAGCGCUGCCUGGGCCAUUUGUCCCUGUAUAGAAAAUGCUAAG